AUGUUACUGCAGUGGGUCAGACGAGCCAUGGCGCCCAAUGAGCCUGUACCGGAGAUCAAUGGCCAACCCUGCAGACUGUUCAUCCGCGAGCGCCCUUUGGAACAACGCGCCUCGACUGGUGAGAUGGCGGCGCAGAUAAUGGCGGCGGUAGAUGAUGUGGUCUGUAGUUUCCUUACCGAAGAGGAUGCGCGGCAACAAACCGAGUCAGAUGGCAUGUCAACAAAAUUCCCAGGCCAAGAUCCGACAUUACCGUCCACCAAGAUGAUAAUGCUUGCCCAGGGCCAUAUUCGAGCGAUGGUGGAGGAUCGAGCUACCCAUGCAGAAACAUGCAGUAAGCAAUUUCUUGCGCUCAUUUUCUCCUCGUCUUGGUAG